GAGUUACGGAUACAGCUACGAUGGAAGGAGCAGCUGCCAUGGCCUCGUUCUCCUCCUCCUUCUCAUCAUCCGUGUCGCUGGCGGCGCUCGUGGGGGAGACGGUGAUGACGCCCUCGGGUCAGGCCAACGUAAUCUACCUGGCUGUGAACGAGAGCAGCCCGGGCAGCCUGCUGCUGCAGCUGUGUGAGCUGCUGGCCACCACACCACUGCAGGGUUUGGUGUUUGAGGAGGAGAGACCGCCGCCGCCGAACCAGGCCCCUCUGGCCCCUAUGCUGGAGUUUGUCUCCGCCCAGACGGGGGUUCCUGUGGUAGCCGUAGGGGGAGGGGCCAGCCUGGGACGAGAGCAACAGGAAAGCGGCUCCAUCUAUCUCCAGUUCACCUGCUCCACCGCCCUUCAGCUGGAGGUCAUAUUCGAGGUGCUUGAAGAGUACGACUGGACCUCCUUCUCUGUGGUGACCACCCGUCACCAUGGCUACGAGGACUUCCUGGCCAUGGUGGAGGGUAUGACAGACGGUUCAUUCAUUGGCUGGGAAAAGAAGAGUGUGGUUAUUCUUAACGUGACGGACGACCCUGGCGGAGCCCGAAUUAAAAGACUGCUCAAAGACAACGAAGCCCAGGUCCGUCUGCUGUACUGCUCCCUGGAGGAGGCUGAGCUGAUCUUCCGGGCAGCCUUGGCGGCGGGUCAGGCGGGGCCCAGUCACAUGUGGUUUGCUGUGGGACCGGCCCUGUCUGGUUUGGGCCUGGAGGGGCUGCCCAAGGCCUUAUUCGCCAUCCGGCCGCAGGGCUGGAGGGACGAACCCAGAAGGCGCAUUGCCAAAGGCGUCUCUGUGCUUACCCACGGGGCGAUGGCUCUGCGGCGGGACCAGGGGAGCAACAGCCGGGCGCAGUAUGCUGGCAACUGCCAGACUGACGGCAACCAGACCCACAGAGUGCCAGACAGAAUCAGGUACUUCAACAACAUAUCCAUCGGUGGGCGGGAUUAUUCCUUCAACAGUGACGGCUACCUGUCCAAUCCGCUGCUCGAUGUCAUCUCCUACACCAAUGGGAGGGGCUGGGAGGAGGUUGGCUGGUGGGAAAAUGGGCACCUGCGUCUGCGUUACCAUCCCUGGUCUCGUUACGGCUCCUUCCUGAAGCCUCUGGACGACUCCCAGCACCUCCGAGUGGUUACCCUGGAGGAGAGGCCAUUUGUCAUCGUGGAGCCGGCUGACCCUGGCACCAGCUCCUGCAUCCGAGACUCUGUACCCUGUCGAAUGCCUGUCAAUACCAGCUUGGUGGUGGAUGGCGCCGGGCCCAUGAAGCACUGCUGCAAAGGGUUCUGCAUCGACGUCCUCAAGCGACUGGCUAAAAUAGUGGGUUUCACCUAUGACCUCUACCUGGUGACCAAUGGGAGGCAUGGGAAGAACAUAGAUGGGGAGUGGAACGGCAUGGUUGGAGAGGUGGUGUCCAACAGGGCUGACAUGGCCAUCGGUUCUCUCACCAUUAAUGAAGAAAGGUCUGAGGUCGUAGAGUUCUCCGUACCAUUUGUGGAGACUGGCAUCAGCGUCAUGGUUUCUCGGAGCAAUGGCACCGUGUCGCCUUCUGCUUUCCUAGAGCCCUACAGCCCAGCGGUGUGGGUGAUGAUGUUUGUGAUGUGCCUGUCGGUGGUCGCUGUCACCGUCUUCAUCUUUGAGUUCUUUAGCCCCGUGGGAUACAACCGCAGCCUGCAGAGCGCCAAGAAGUCAGGUGGAUCUAAGUUCACCAUAGGGAAGUCCGUGUGGCUGCUGUGGGCGCUGGUCUUCAACAACUCUGUGCCUGUGGAGAAUCCCAGAGGAACCACCAGCAAGAUCAUGGUGCUGGUGUGGGCCUUCUUUGCUGUCAUCUUCCUGGCCUCCUACACUGCCAACCUGGCUGCCUUCAUGAUCCAGGAGGAGUACAUCGACACGGUGUCAGGGCUGUCGGAUAAGAAGUUCCAGCAGCCGACGGAGCAGUACCCUCCGCUGCGUUUCGGAACAGUGCCAAACGGGAGCACGGAGGAGAACAUCCGCUCUAACUAUCCCAACAUGCACCAGUAUAUGAUCCGCAACAACCAGAAGGGGGUCGAGGAGGCCAUCGAAAACCUCAAGACCGGGAAGCUGGAUGCCUUCAUUUAUGAUGCUGCUGUGCUGAACUACAUGGCCAGAAAGGAUGAGGGCUGCAAGGUGAUGACUAUCGGCUCAGGGAAGGUGUUUGCCACCACGGGCUAUGGAAUCGCCCUGCACAAGAACUCCCGCUGGAAACGACCGCUGGACCUGGCCCUGCUGCAGCUGGUUGGAGACGAUGAGAUUGAUAUGUUGGAGCGUCUCUGGCUGUCGGGUAUCUGCCACAAUGAUAAGAUCGAGGUCAUGAGCAGUAAGCUGGACAUAGACAACAUGGCGGGAGUCUUCUACAUGCUGCUGGUGGCCAUGGGUCUGAGCCUCCUGGUAUUUGCCUGGGAGCACAUGGUGUACUGGAAACUACGGCACUGUGUGAAGCACUCCGGUGGGAUGGACUUCCUCCUGGCUCUCAGCAGGGGGAUGUACAGUUGUUGCCAGUUUGAGGAUGAGACAGCACCUGGAGGUGGCUCUUUGCCUCAAUACCACACCAUGACCACCAUGUCUACUGCUGCCCAACAACACCUUGUAACAGCCACAAUAAAUAACACGACUGCCAUUGCCAUGGUGCAGCAGCAACAGCAACAGAAGCACCACCAGCAACAGGGGCCGACCUAUACGACCAUGCUCCCCGGAUCACCGCAAACUACAGGACAUUCAGCGAUGGCUAUGGGACCCUCAAACAGCCCCUUGCUGGAAGGCCCCAUGCCCUGCUCCACCUUCUUGCCUCGCCAUGACCGCAGACUAGCGGUGGUUGAUCGUUGGAACAGGCCAAAGCCAGAGAAAGUCAUGAGUGUUAGCAGUGGUGGAGGAGUUGGUAUUGGGGGAAUAGCAGGAGGGAUCACUGAACUUCAGGUGCCGCAGUAUCAGGCGAACCUUGGACAGCACUGGAACCCGUUAGGCGGAGUUGCAAGUGGAGCUGGGGGAGCAGGGGGAGGAGGUGACACAGGACUAGAUGAAUAUAAGCGCUACUAUGGUCCGAUAGAUCCAGAGGGGCUAGGGGCUAACUCUGACAAACAGGCAGGGGGACCCCAGCAGACUCCUAAAGCUAAUCCUCGAGGCCCCAAAGCCUCAGGGAUAACAAGGAUGCCUUCUAAAGUCCCUCAACAAGGACCAGGGCACUUAAUCCCCCAGCCACCUCCACUGAUCCCAUCUUCCCCCCGAAGACCUCCUUUCUGGCGACGAGGAAGCCUAGCACAGGCAAGGAGAAAAAGCUUUGGAGGUCCCCUGUAUGAGAAUAUACUCCCUCUAGGGAGACGAGGAGGUGGGAGGUAUGGUGCAAGUGAUGGAGGUGGAAGGAGAGGGCGACGUCCUCCUGCACCUCCUCCUCUGCCUGUUCCUCUCUCCUCCCCAACACACACUCCUACUACUCCCUCCUCCCCAUGCCGUUUCUACUCCUCCUGCUCCAGUGCCUCGUCAUCCUCCUCUUCCGCUACGUCAUCCUCAUCCUCUUCUUCAUCAUCUGCCUCACUGUCUCGGUCGAAUUCCCCCUCGUCCUGCUCCAGUGACAGCUCCUACAACUCCUCAUUGAGUUUUCGGUAUCGUGCUGGCGACAGGGAACUUACGGUGGAUGACGAUUGUGACUCAGAUCUGCUCACAGAGGAGUCCAGCCUCCUUCUCGGUACACGGAGGAAGAUUCGUUCUCGUCGCAUGUCAUCACGCUCGCUGCCGUGCAGCCCUCCACCUCCGCCAGUCCCGCCCCGCAAACCACGCACUCAGAGAGAUAGCGGCAGAGAGAGCAGAGAGAGAACCGGCAGCCAACUGGCCCAAUUACAGGAGUGGUGGGCAUCAUGGGGAGAAAGAGAGCGUGUGAGGUCAGGAACAGCAAGCCGGGGAGAAGGAGGAAUGGGUAAAGAGGAAAAGAGACACCACAAAGAGAGGGAGCGUGAGAGAAAGAGGAGGAAGAAAGGCAGGAAAAAGAAGAAGAGGGAGGACAGGGAGAGAGAACGGGAGCGCAAGCGGCGCAAAGCUAAGAAAAGGAAGAAAGAGGACAAGACGAGGAAGAGAGAGCGGAAGAGGUCAGAGCAGGAGGGGGGAGAUCCUGAAAAAAGAGAAGAACUCAAAUCAGGGACACCAGAUUACCCAUCAUACCCACCCUUGAGGCGAGAAUCCUUUCGGAAAAAAAGUGAAAGCUCAAUAAGAAGCUAUGGAUGGAACGUCCCAGGUGAAGAGGAGAGGAAGGAACGAGAAGAAAAAGAGAGGAAUGAUGGGGAAGACAGCAGAGGGAAAGAAAGACCAAACAGGAGAAGGAACAGCAAGCACUAUCAAAGUUCGAGCAGUAAACCUUCGACAUCUGUCAAAUUCUGGGGAGGGGUCGACCCAUCCUCUGACACCAUUCCAUCUGCCUUUCUGCCCUUGUUGCCUGUCUCCUCUAACAGGAGGAAGAGUAAAAGUUCAGACAGGGAUGUUGUAGGAAUUGAAGGAGAGAGGAGGCCAUUGCUGGGACAGGGCGGAAGAGCUGAGAUGGUUUCCAAGGAGGGGUUAUCUUUCCACAAGUGGGAGUCUGGAGUAGAGGGGGAAGAAGAAGAUUCCGAGCUGGAGAGGAGGAAAGCUGAACGUGGAAAGAGGCGAGGAGGAGGAAGGACAAUGUCCGAUGAAGAGCGAGAACGUGAUAAGGUAGUCGGGAUAUAUUCCGAUGAUGAUGGUUCUUCAGGAGAGUUUGGGAAGUUUGAGAGGUACUGGGAGGAUCAUGAAGGCAGAGCGGUAGGAGGUAUUGGUGGGGGAGGUUGGUUUUUUAGCACCUACCCUUCCAGGGAAAAGGCCAGCAGCAUCACAAGUAGAGAUGACCUGUUCUUGGAGAGAGGAGAGAGGUGGGGGACAGCAGAAAGUGGAUGGGGGUCUGGUGGCGGUGGUGGAGGAGAAGGAGUAGAUAGAGGGUGGGGGUCUGGAUCACACUGGCCCCCGCCUCCUCUCACCCCACCACCACCCCGACGAUACUGGUCGGUCGACAAACUCCACCUUCAGAAUGAGAAGAAGAGUAAACGCAAGUCCAAGGACAAGGGGAGAGGGCGCGCAGGUUGUUCCUCCUGUCAUUCCCCCCAACACCAUCCGCUCUCCCAAUCCUCCAAAUGGGCCCGGGUAACCUCACGUAGUGAGGAAGAGCUGUACCGCCAGAGUUUUGGUGGCCCACUGAAGCCUAAACAUGACUCCUCAGCUUCCACCAAACUUGAUCGCUCACAGAAUCAAUCCAAAUCUGGCAGCCAGUCAAACCUCAAUAUCCAACAGAGGACACAAAGAGCAGAUAGGGAUCGAGAUCGAGGACGACAAUCAUCCCCACCUCCGAACCUCAUACCGAACUUGCCACCCCCACUCCCUGCCCUUCCAGCUCCUCCGUCUUCAUCUCACCCUAUCCACGCUCCUCUCCCUACCUCUUCCUCUUCUGUAUCCUCUCCCUCUGUGGUCUCAUCAACCCCAGGGGCCCCCCAACCCUCUUCCAUGGCUUCGGCAAGUGCCAAACUACAGUAUCAGAGGUUGCGCUCUGUUCCCCAGCCCCAGAGGUUUCCUCAGUCUCCUCACUUACCCCUCAAAGCCAAGAGCCUUUGCUCGCGAAGGGGCUCAGCCCAGUUCUCCAGCGUGGAGAGUGAGGUGUGA